GACUGGGCAUACAUCAACUACUCGCAGGUGCCGCUGACUGGUCCCGGAGACUACCUCGGUGCCGGGCACUGGUCGGACCCCGAGGAGUCCAUGAUCGACUGGGACGCCCUGAGGCUCUUCCUGAAGAGGUGUGGUUGUCUCCUGCUGUGCGCGGUGGUCGUCGCGGCGGUGACGUGGCCUUUUAUCUCCCGCAGGUUUGACAAGACCGAGGACGAGGCCAGGCGCACCUCGGUCGGCAUGGAGGCUGAAGAGCCGGCGCCGCUGCCAGCGCCGACAGAGCCAGGAGCAGCGCACGGAGCUUGGACGGACCCGCCGUCGACCUCGUCGACGGGGCUGCGCAGCACCAGCUCGUCGACCGCGCCCACCAGCACCAGCUCGUCGACCGCGCCCACCAGCACCAGCUCGUCGACCGCGCCCACCAGCACCAGCUCGUCGACGACGGCCACAACGCCUGCGGCGGCCUCCUCGGCCACCUCCACAGCCGCCGCAGCCACGGCCGCGGCGGCCGGCGGCGGCGGCCCCCCGCCCGGCGCCUCGGGGGGCGCGGCCGCGCCCGCUGCCGUGCCCGACGCGUCCGCGGCGCCCUCGGCGCUGGCGGCGCCAGCAG